CUAAAAUGAAUAGAACAGAAAGAUAUUUUAUUUGGUUAGUUUUUUUGUGAUUGAGGUUGCUUCCCGUUCCUUUUGUCCAUCUCUACGAAAUCUCUUUUAUAUACUUCUUCUGCAGUUUACCCUGUAGCUAUUAAUCUCUAGCAAACAACUCCACUUUUUGGUCCAGUUUCUGAGUUAAGGCUACUCCAGGAAGAAUGGCCGCUAUUGUCACAUCUCCACCUCAAUCUUGUAGCUCCAGGAAGCUUAAUCCACCCAUCUCGAACGCGCUAGUCAAUGGCUUCAUGGGUGCUUCAUUACCAUGGAGUUCACCAAAUAAGAGCACAACAUUGAGAACUUCAGGGAAAGUGACCGCAUCAGCAACAACUAUUGCCACACCAGUGGAUCAGGAAGUUAAAGAAUAUGCACUUCCUACAUGGGCAUUGUUUGAGAUGGGAAGGGCACCGGUUUUUUGGAAAACCAUGAAUGGCCUUCCUCCAUCUUCCGGAGAGAUGCUGAAACUUUUCUACAAUCCAGCAGCUAAGAAACUCACUCCAAAUGAAGAAUUUGGGAUUGCUUUCAAUGGUGGAUUUAACCAACCUAUCAUGUGUGGUGGAGAGCCAAGGGCAAUGCUUGAGAAAGUUAGAGGAAAAGCUGAUGCCCCAUUGUAUUCCAUCCAAAUAUGCAUUCCUAAGCAUGCUGUGAACUUGAUAUUCUCAUUCACAAAUGGAGUAGAAUGGGAUGGUCCUUACAGACUGCAAUUCCAAGUUCCAAAGGGGUGGAGAAACAAACAGAUUGAGUUCUUCAACGAGGGUCUGCAACAAGAGUUGAGUCAAGAAGGUGCAUGUGACAGAGCAAUCUUCCCAGACACUGAGGUUGUCGCCACGAGAUGCGCCAUGAUCGGUAACUUGUCAAUUGAAGGAGGUGAUCGAUGCAAUCUUGAUCUAGUUGAAGGGUGCAUGGAUCCUGGUUCAUAUCUGUACAAUCCUCUUGCUAAUGUAGAUGAUGGAACUUGCCCGAUUGAUUUAGAUGCCGAGGAUCAAAAUUAAGAUUAGUUAUAGAGUUAAGUGGGCUGCAAGUAUAACCCUUGUUCCACAGUGUAUAACUGUAUAUAUGUAAUGCUCUUGAAUCCUGAUGGGAAUUUAAGAAGUGAACUGAGCAGAGAAAAGAAACUCGACAGUCGUAAAGUGGGCAUCUUUUUCAUUUCCCCAAUUUCAUUUCGCAACUACAAACAAGCAGCAUAUAUGUGUAUGCAUAUUUACAUCAGAAACCUUAUUCCUUAGGUAUUUAUCGAGGGAAAACAUUGAUUUUCAGCUAAAAUACACUGCUUUUCCCUUUUCUAUGAUGUAGCUCUGUUACAUUAUUGCCGUUGGACUCCUUCAAUACUCCAGCAAACCUAACCAAGUCAGAUUUCCCCAGGUCUUCCUGGUCUGGUAAAAAGUCUCUACCUGUUUCUGGGCCUGAUGAAAACCUCCUGAGCAAAUCGGUGGACCCUAGAUCACUCGUUACACGAAGACUCUCCAUUUCCUUAGCAUCAUACAACCCCGGAAUGCUCAUUCUAUGACUAUCAGUAGAGAACCGGUAUGAACUCAAUGGUGUCCGACCUCUAUUGGA